AAGCUCAGGUUGAACCCUCUUGGUUGCAGCAAACUGGAGCUCAUCAGCCAAUCAAGUUCAACCAGGAAGUUGACCGACAGUCACACGGAAGUUGCGUUGACCCGCUGCUGUAUCAACGUGCUAACGGGUAAAGCACCUGGGAGCCAAGGCAGCGUGCAGUCAUGUGGCCUGUGAUGUGGACAGCGCUACGGACCUAUGCUCCUUAUGUCACCUUCCCCGUGGCCUUCGUGGUGGGAGCGGUGGGCUACCACCUGGAGUGGUUCGUCAGAGGGACCCCUAAACUUCGAGAGGAGAAGGGCAUCCUGGAGCUGAGGGAGGAGAGGAAGCUAGAGGAACAGGCGGGCAUGGACGGCACCCAGGUGCUUAGCCUCAAAGAGAAACUGGAGUUCACACCCAGAGCGGCUCUGAACAGGAACCGACCCGAGAAGAGCUAGCCCAUCACGUUAUAGGCGUGAGAGACUUGUUUUUGCCCCUUUCUCAGCAGGAGAGCAAACGGGUCGAACUGGAGGGCAGAAACACCUGUGCAGCCAUUCAUCCUCAUCCCUGGUGACCAGAAAGCAUCAGCUCACUUGUGUAAAUACCUUUUAGAGGCUGAUCAUAAACACUUGAAUUGAGUCGACUAUAGCUUAAGUGUGCUGUAUGUGAUUCUUACCUUCCCUCUGAUGUUGCACAUGACUGUUAACUUCUGUCUUACACUGCAAUUACAACAUCCUGAAGGUGCAAUAUGGAAGAAUUUGCCAUCUGUUGAAUUCAUACACAACACAAAUACCACCAGAGUAACCACUGUUGCUGCUAACUGUAGCUGCCAUUAGCUAAUUAGCUCAGUUAGCCAUGCAGAUGGCCAAACGGUGAGCUCCGAGCACCAGGAGCGUGUUGGUGCUUACCCUGCUAGCACAGGAGCUGAGGACUGGGAUGGGCUGGGGCUAACUGGUUAGCAUGCCAAUCUCAGUAAAUAUCACAAAUUGAUAUUCCUUUACAUUCUGUGAAUAAUUGUAGUUUUUUAUCCUUUCAACUACAAUUCUCUCAUACUGCACCUUUACGUCUCGAGUGUCCAUGCUUCAAACUGUUGGCAGGCUUUGAGGUGAGCUGGUCAUUUUCUGUUUAAUUUAAAUCUAGUUGUGAGUACAGUGACAGAUGUUAUUGUGUCUUUGCAGUUGCAUCAAACAGAGUUUGUCAUUUCAUGCACAAAAAAAACUGAUUUGCAUGUUUCAAGCCUGUCACAAAGCCUUUGUCCUUUUUAUCUUUUCUGUACAUUUAGAAAGGACUUUUGUUUGAGAACAUGAGAGAGGAGGAAGAAAGACGGGUCUUUGUUGUAGGUCUCUUUAUCUCAUGACAUGUAACCUUUGAUGGUAUGUGACAAAAUAAUCCAACAGUACGGGAGGUCCCCUCAGGAAGUUUAAGCUGCUUAGUCCCAUUAUUGUCUGAAGCAUCCACAUAAUACAUUCAUAUAAGGAAGACUGUUUGCACACGAAAAGUUUUAAUUAUGUGUUUCACUGAAAGUGUGAUAAAUAAAGAUGUGUGUGUCUGCUACA